UUUUUUUUUUUUUAAUUAUCAUGUCUUCCAUUACGGAAAAACGUGAAGAAAAGAUCGAAUAUGAUAUUUAUGAAACAAAACACGAACAUUCUGAUCAACAAGUAGCAGUAAAAGAUGUAGACGAUCGUUCUCUUCCAGAAGAAUUCAUCGAAGAAUAUCAGUUUACUUGGAGAGCUGCCAUUGUUGGUUCAUUACUUGGAUGUCUUGUUGCUGCAUCAAAUACAUACCUUGGUCUCAAGAUCGGAUGGACUUUUGGAGCUUCCUUAUUUGGUGCUAUUUUCUCAUUUGCUAUUAUCAAGCCUUUAUCUCGCGCUCUUCCUGAAAGAUGGGGCGGUGGUUAUUUUGGUGCAAAGGAAAAUUGUACUGCUCAAUCAGCUGCAACUACCGCAGGCGGUCUUUCUGCUGGUUUCGUUUCUGGUAUUCCUGCUAUGUACAAACUUGGUCUUAUGACUAAUCCUCGAGAUGAUGCUGCUGCUCUUGUUCUUUUCACCAUUUCUGCUGCCUUCUAUGGUUUAUUCUUUGCUGUACCUCUUCGACAACACUUUGUGGUAAAACAAGAUUUGACUUUCCCUACACCUCGUGCCGCUGCUACUACCAUCAUCUCUUUACACAGUUCUUUGGAAGGUGAAAAGGAAGCAAUGAAAAAGGCUAAAUGGAUGGGUAUUUGGUUUUUGAUUUCUUUCCUCUGGUCUCUUAUCUCAUACUGGGUGCCUUUCUUUGAUACCAUUCAUAUCUUAUGGUGGAUUGGACAUGAUGCCAAUUAUAUUCCUUUUAUGAGUGCAGAUGAAAGUUGGCGUUGGUCAUUCCGGUGGGAUUUUCCCUUCUUUGGUGCUGGUCUCAUGACUCCUGGCUCUACUGUAUUAUCUUUCUUCAUUUCAUCCGUGAUCAUCUAUGGUGUUAUUGGUCCUGUUAUGGUCAUUAAAGGUGAUUUUGUCAAACCUUAUGGUUUCACUAAAGGUGACACUACACAAUCCUUCUUCUUAUGGCCUGGUAUUGCUCUCAUGGUAUUGACCACUUUUGCCGAACUGUUAUGCCGAUAUGAUACUUUAUGGCGUGGGGUCAAGGGUGGAUGUAUUGGAUUAUAUAAUUCUUGUCGUGAAGGAUAUUAUCGUAUUAGAAUGGUCGUGUUCCGCCAUGAACUUAAUGAAGAACAAAAGAAACAUCUGUCCAAGGAUCGUGAUCCCGAUGAAAUCUUUGAUGAAUCUGAAUUGGUGCCUACUUGGUGGUGGAUUGGUGGUACAUUUAUUUCUAUUAUCUUUACUUGUGCCAUCAUGGGUGAAUUCUUCGGUAUGCCUGUUUAUCAAUCCAUUGUUUCAAUUAUUCUUGCCUUCAUCUUCUCCUUUGUGGGUGUUCAAGCCGCUGGUGAAACUGAUAUCAAUCCUACCGGUGCUAUUGGUAAGAUGUCACAAUUGGUGUUUGCCAAGAUGCCUGCUGAUACUCUCAAGGAAGUCCAAAAGAACAAUUUGAUGGCUGGUAACAUCUCUGCUUCUGCUGCAAGUCAAGCUGUUGAUAUGGUGGGUGAUUUGAAAACUGGUCAAUUGGUGGGUGCUUCUCCUCGUUCCCAAUUCUGGGCUCAAUUCGUAGCAUCCUUCUUUGCCAUUGGUAUUGCUGUUGGUCUCUUCAUCCUGUUUGCUGAUGCCUAUCCUUGUAUUGUUGACCCCAACCUUGAUGCCAAGUGUGAAUUCCAAUUGGUUGCUGUGUUGACCUGGACCAAUGUUACCAAGAUCUUGACUGGUGAUGCCGAACCUUUAUCUCGUGGUUCCAUCAUCGUCACCAUUGUAUGUGCUGUCAUCGGUGUGGUCUGGCCUUUUGCUCGUACUUUCUUUGUCCCUGAAAAAUAUCAUCGUUAUUGUCCUUCCGUUAGUGCUGUUGGCAUUGCUAUGAUUAACUCUAGUCCUGAAGUUCCUUUGGCCAUGUUCAUCGGUUGGACUAGUGGCAAGAUCUGGAAGCGUGUCAAUCCUGUCGCUUAUGAAAAAUACAUGUACAGUGUUGCUGGUGGUCAAAUUGCUGGUAUGGGUAUUGCUGCCAUUUUACAAGCCAUCUUCACUAUUGCUGGUGUGCAAAACUAUGUCUAUACUGGUUCUUGUAUUGAGGGUCUCUAUGAGAAUUGCCCUUAGAUCAUCCUUAUAUAUAUAUACAUAUAUUAUUCCUUACUUUAUUUACCUGUCAAAAAAUUUCCCCCUUUUUUUUUUUUUUAUUUCUAGUGUAGUUUUUGACUCUAUUCAUCUCUUUAUUUGUACAAUAUGUAGUUCUAUUUAAUAAUAAAAUUUCUUUUUUCUCUUUUUUUUUUCUUCCUUUAGAAAUGGAACAUG